AUGUCUUUCCUCACACAGAACGUCAUCCGCCGUGUGGCUCUCGCUCCCCGCGUCAUCGCUUUCCAGGCUCCUCGAUCAUUCACCACAAGCGUCGCCGCCCAGCGAACUGCUACCGAUGCUGUCAAGGACACCGCCAAGAAGGUCGACCGUGUUGUGAGCGACAAGAUUGUCGAUGGCAUCGAGACCGGAGAGACUGUUGCCGCCAAGGCUAAGGAAGCUGCCAAGAACGUCACCGGCGGCGAUAUCGCUGCGAAGGCCCAAGAGCUCAAGGGUGAGGCUGUCGGCAAGGCCCAAGAAUUGAAGGGAGAUGCCGCUAGCAAGGCUCAAGAGCUCAAGGGCGAGGCUAAGGGCACCGCUGAGCAAGCCAAGGGCAAGGCCCAGGAGCUGAAGGGUGAGGCCGCUGGCAAGACUCAAGAGCUCAAGGGUGAAGCCAAGGGCACUGCUGAACAGGCCAAGGGCAAGGCAAAGGGUGCCGCCGAGGAGGCCAAGCACAAGUUGUAA